UAAACAGGAAGUAAGAUGACUUCUCCAAAUUCUCUCUUCUCAUUGUCUUCCCUCUUCCCUGUAUUCACAGCUCCUCCCAGGAUCCUGCCCUCUUCAGCCUGCAGCAGAAUUGCUGCCUGGGUGCGAUGUUCCUGUGACAGCGUGGGCAGACCAUCACCGUCUCUGGAGUGGCGGUUGGAUGGGAAACUGGUGUCGGGUUCUGAAGACGUGUCUGUUAGCCAGGUCAACCUGGAGAACGCCACGUUGAGGAGCUCCCUCAUAAUGAGGGCCCCUGCUGGUCUGACUGCCUUGACCUGCCACAGCUCCAACGCUGCCGGGAACACCAGCCAGGAGCUUCCUGUCCCCCACCUGGAUACACAGCCAAACCUGACAGACUUGGUGCUGUGCAUUGUCAAAUCUGCUGUGAUGUUCGUGGGAUUAGUGUGUGUGGUCGUCUGUAUUAUAAGAACCCGGAAAGUGGGUGAGGAGACGCGGUCCUUUAACGCUGCCACUGUGAAGCGAGCCCCCCCAGACGAGGAGGAGUCCCAGGUCGUCUUCGGAGGUGAGGGGGACAUCUACGUUAACAACGGGAUGCAGAUGAACCCGGUUGGGCCGAGAGAGGAGCCUGUUGGACCGAGAGAGGGGGCUGUUCUGAGAGCCGGUUCCCCAGUCUCAACGCACCGUGAUGCAGCCUCCUCCAGCCGGAUAGGCCCUGCAGGCUCCCACACAGGACGACCGGUCUCUAGGGACCUGACUGAAGAUACUCAGUAAACAGUUCAUGAUGACCAAGUAUUUCCUCCAGGUAGAUAUUUUAAAAAGUUAGCAUAUAGCUUUUCUUAAAUUAGUUGAGAACCAUCGGUGUCAGUGGCAGCCUGCCCUAUACGCUGAAUAUGCAGUUGUGUGGACCAGUCUAGCCAGUUCACAAAAGUUAAUUAAUUCUCUAAUUCAAGAUCCAUUCGGAGGGGUUAUGUUGCCCUCUGGUGGUGAUUUGCAUUCACAGCCCAGGUAGAGAAUGCUUGUAGUUGUCCAGAGUGAAUUUUAACGCACUAUAUACUGUUUCAUACAUUGUGUGCAGCAUGACAGCAAAUCUAUUGAAAUUAAUAAAUGUCUUAAUAGUAAUUCUA